AUGCCACCUUUGAAGAGGCGUCAUGUUUUCAAACCCAAGAGAAAAUUUAUUGUGAUGGUAAUCAAAACAAAUACAAACCCAAACGGAGAAGAAGCUACUCCAGAUCAGUGCCGUAUCGCAAUAAUAGCAAGAAGAGAACCUCCUUAUAUAAAAUAUUCGCUACCGCUUUCAUUUUUCCACCAACCACAAUCUCACCAAUCCAUUGGCAAUUCAACUGCCAACCAAGUCACCACUCAGUCGCCAAUACAGUCGCCAUCGAUUACGUUGGUGACUGCCAACGCAACUGCUAAUCCAGUUGCCAGCACGCCAGCAACCAUAAUCAAGUACAUGUACUCCACUUCUUCAGAUCAAGAAAAGCUAUUAAUCCAAAUUUUUAGUUAUAUAAAUGGUUUGCAAAAUCUUUUUGAAUUAUCAUCUACUCUAAGUGAAUUGGCCUCUGAUGAUCAGUCUGAUCUAGACUCAUCAACUACAACUACUACAACUACCACAACCACAACCACCUCAACUACAACUACUACUUCCUCUACUACUGCUACACCUACAUAUACCUUUCCAUCCCCUCCCCCAGCAGAAACCAACCCAAAUAUAUAUAUACCAAACCUGCCACCACCAGCUAAAAAAGAAAGGUCGUCCACCAGGUGUCAAAAGAAACAAUCAAAAGAUCUUCACAAUUUAGAUAAAUUACUCAACCCCCAAGAUCAAAAGAAAGACUAUGACGAUGAUAAUAAUAACAAUAACAAUAACGACUCAAGUCAGAGUGACUCAAAUAAAAGGAAAAGAAAAAAUUUCACAUUUGGAGCUGAAACAAUUGGUCAUAGAUUGUUUAUUGUUUAA